AUGGCUAAAGAAUACCAACCGUUUAGUUUGGUCAAAAAUAAAGAGUUUAAAAUAUUUGUAUCAUUAUUAAAUCCAAGUUAUUCUUUGCCAAGUAGAAAAACAAUUACUUAUAAUAUUUUACCUCAAUUAUUAGAAAACACCAGGGAAAAGGUUAAAAGGAGUUUAGAUAAUGCAUCAUAUAUAGCGAUGAGUACGGACGGUUGGACAUCUGUUAAUAACGAAACGCAUAGCAUUAAUUUGAUAGCCCAAUGUGGGUUAGAAGAAAUUAAAGAAAUACAUAAAAAAGUUAAAAAAAUAGUAGAGCAUUUUAAGCGUAGUUCUCAAGCAGCAGCAAAAUUAAAAAACACACAAAUUCAGAUGAAUUAUCCAGUACUAAAACUGAAACAAGAUGUGAUAACGAGAUGGAACUCGACUUAUGAUAUGUUUAAUAGGUGUUUAGAGACAAAAGAUCCAUUAGUAUCCACUUUGGCUAUGAUUGGUAAGACUGAAAUGUUGACGGCGUCAGAUUUUAAUUUAAUGGAUUAUUAUUGCAAACUUUUUAARCCUUUUAAAGAAGUUACAAUUGAGUUAAGUUCGGAAAAAGGGGUAUCAAUUUCCAAAGUUAUAGUUCUCACAAAUGCAUUGUUAUCUCACAUAAAAACAAUGAGAACUGAGAAAAACUUACCACUUGAAAUUUAUUCUAUGAUUUUAAAGAUGGGAAAUAAAGCCAAAAACAGAUUUGCCGGUAUGGAAGACAAUUAUACUUUUGCUGAAGCAACUUUAAUUGAUCCACGUUUUAAAAAAAAAGGAUUUAGUAGCGAGACAUAUUAUAUCCGUUCUUAUCAAAACGUCGUGGGCAAGAUUUCAAGUAUAAUUAAACGCAAAAAACAAUCUAUUAAUCAAGAAGAAAAUAUAGUUACAGAUAACGAACAAAUCACUAUGUCAACUGAAAAAAAAGAAACCUUUGAUAUAUGGAAAGAAUUUGAUUCACAGGUAAAAGAAGUUACAACAGUGAGAACUGACACUUCCGAUGCAAUUGUGGAAUUAGAUAAAUUUCUUAAUGAGCCUUUAAUCCCAAGGGAAUCAGAUCCUCUUGUAUGGUGGAAGGAAAUGAAACGUAUAUAUCCAAAUAUAUACCAUUUGAUGUUACAAAGAUUGGGAGUGCCAUCAACAUCAGUUCCAUGCGAACGAACGUUUUCUAAAGCCGGAUACACACAAACAGACAGGCGUAAUAGACUUUCCAUAAAAAAUAUGGAAACAUUAAUGUUUUUAAAUGGCAAUCUAUAA